AUGGCUAUCGAAAAUGCGGCAGAUCGUGUGUUGAAGCUACCACUAGGCUCACCGUUUAAUACAAAUGAACCUCAGGAUCACGACCACAGCCAUGACGAUCAGCACGAUCAUCAUGGCGCGGAUCUUGACAGUCAACGCCAGCACCAGCAUUCCCAUGACCAGGAGGACUCCGAACAGUAUGAUACUGUCUCAUUAUCAGAAUCGGUGCCUCCCGCGUUUGGCGGCGUGACCGACGACAGUCUGGUGCAUAACGGCACGGAAGGUGAAAAGAAUACGCCUGUAAAGAAACAUCAGGAUAGUUCUCUAACAGCGGCAGCUGCGGCCGCCGUUGCGUCUAUCCAGGAUGUGUGGUCUGAAAAUUUUAAUGAGCCCCUCCCUACUAAUAAAGAGGAACGUAUACAGCAGGCUUUGGAAUUUAUGAAUUCUGAAAAGCAGGCACAUGGCUCUGACAAGAAUAUCAAGAAGCACUCUAUAAGGCAAAUCGCAUUGUUUUUUCAAGUGCCUAAAUCCACGCUGUACGAUCGUUUGAAAAGUAAAAGCAAUGAUCUCAAUGCAAAUUCUAUCAUAAAGUUAUUACCUCCCCACAAUUCAAGUCCCAAGCCUCAUGCACUUUCUGCGUCAAGGUCACAUCAACAGCAGAUGAAGUUAUCUAUUGAAAAGGAAGAUAUUUUACUGAGUGAAGUUCGUAAUUUAUCUCAUGCCUAUGGAAACACAUUGAAUUAUACACAGAUUAGAGAAUUCAUCAUGUCUUUCGUAAACGGAAUAUCUUUGGGCAAAAAAUGGAUCCAUAAUUUCACAAGACGACACGAUGAAUUUAUCGUUUACGGCACUUAUAAUAGUAGAUUCAAUGUAAAGAUGAAAAGAUCGAAAAGUUGCAGGUGCGACUUUGAUUACCUUUGGAGAUGCUUUAUUCCUUUAUUACAAGAGAAGAUAAGAUCUCUGCCUCAAGAUAAGCCUUUUUAUUACAUCACAAGAACUUGCAUUCAUCAAUCAAGCAUGUCAAGUGUAUUCACAUGUUUUGAAAUAAUACCGAAUGAAAUGUCAAUAAAAUCGAUAAUGCCGCCAAAGCUACUUAUUUUUCCUGAUUAUUUUGGAAAAAUAUAUCUCCAUCAAAAUCAAUAUCAGAAUAGAAGCAAGAUGAUCAAUGACAAUAAUAAUAAUAAUAGUUCCAACAACGAUAUUGAUAAUAAUGAGAAUAAAAACGAUGGUGAAAACGAUAUGAGGAAUAGCCAUGGAAAUGAAAACAAUGAGGAAUCAAAUGGUCGCGAAGAAUUCAAACAAAAUAGUCUACACUCGGAUAUGAACAAUAAUAAUAGUAAUAAUAGUAAUAGUAAUAAUGAUAAUAAUAUUAAUGAGAACAAUCUUCCUGAAGAACUUUCUGAUCAUUCUUCCAGAAUAAAUAAACAAGAAAAAAAGUAUGGACAUUUCAAAAUAGACAAGUUAAAUGAAGCAUUUGCCAAGAUUUACGCGGAAUGUUGUCAGAGUGCCUCAAAUAGCGAGAUUCCUUUUGUGGUAUUUGAAGGCUUUGAUGACCGUUACAAUUGGAACGCUUUAUUUUGCAAAGACAUGGUUCAGACGGAUAGAUUUUUAUCAUUACCGUGGAAUCAACAGCUAUUUCAACAAAAUGUUUCUACAAGCUUACGUGGAGUUAUUGAUGCUACUACCGAAAGUUCUUCUAUUGCUGCAAUUGAAUCUUCAUCCUAUGAAACAGAUCUAACUGAUGAAAAUCUAAGUCUCGACAUAUUUGAACAGGAGUUUCAGCAUAUUAUUAACCUGCAUACUGAGUUAUUAAAUUCAAAUGAAGCUCAUGAACACGACAGCGUUCAAUUAAAUGAUCUUAACGUUUUUGAGCCAGCUCUGCACGCGGCAGCUGCCGCGGCUGCCGCGGCUGCCGCUACAUCGUCCUCGACUGCCUCGCUCAAUACUGAUAUCGAACCACAACAUGGCUCCUUUGGAAAAACGUCACAACAAUCUCGUAUGGAAAACGUAACGUCGGCUAAUAUUUUUGAAAACUCAACCAUUUCGCAGCUACAAGACGUUAUCAGUAUGAUUGACAAUAAUGAAUCCCAAUUGUACGGGGAUCUUGUAAAUUCAAAUUCAAAAACAACACUAAUGACCAUCUUUAAUAAAAUAAAAGGUAUUGUACCGCAAUAA